GGGACGGGACGGGACGGGACCCGACGAGACCCCGAGAGUGUGCGCUCCGGCUGAGGGAAAGCGCCGGCGUGGACCCCGCGUCCUGCCGCCCGGUGAGGAUCUGUCCCGCACAGCCGCCAUGGAGGACGAGGAGCGGCUGAAGAAGCUGGAGGCAGGGAAAGCCAAGCUUGCCCAGUUCAGGCAGAGGAAGGCACAGACCGAUGGUCCGAAUGGAUCCAAGAAGCAGAAAAAGAAGAAGAAAGCAGCAGGCAUCAAAGAUGAGGAAUCAAUCCAAGAUGGGCUCGAUGCCGAUCGAUCUCGAGGCGAUGAAACACCUGCCUGCAGCAGCCGAAGGGGAGCAGCUGCCACUGCUGACUGUGCUGUUAGCAGGACGUUGCAUGGUGGGGAGCUAAUCAAACACAACCAGGCUUACACCAUUGAGCUGGAAAGUGACAUUCCCACCACAGUAGAAGAUUACAGCUCUGAGGUAAAUGGUUACAGUUCUGUGGCGAGCACAGCUGCACCUACAGACCUAUCCAGGGAAGAAGAAUUUGGAGUUGGAGGAAUGUGUUCUGAGCAUGGAAUGCAGCACUCUCACACGCAGCUAGAGGUGAUGGAGAAUGAAUUGGCUGGGAAACAGCAAGAGAUUGAAGAGCUAAACAGAGAGCUAGAAGAAAUGAGGGCAGCAUAUGGUACAGAAGGAUUGCAACAGCUGCAAGAAUUUGAAGCCGCUAUCAAGAAGCGAGAUGACAUCAUCACGCAGCUCACUACGAACCUGCAGCAGGCACGGAAGGAAAAGGAUGAAACGAUGAGGGAGUUCUUGGAGCUGACUGAACAAAGUCAAAAACUGCAAAUUCAGUUUCAGCACUUGCAGGCAAGUGAAGCCCUAAGGAACACCAGCCAUAGCUGCACAGCUGCUGACUUACUGCAAGCCAAGCAACAGAUACUUGCACAUCAGCAGCAGCUGGAAGAACAAGAAUGUCUGCUGAAGAACUAUCACAGAAAGAAUGAAGAGCUUGAAGUGCAGAUUUCACAUCUUCAGGACAAGAUCACAGCAUAUGAAAUGGAUAAACAGAGAAAUGAGGAAGAAGAUUUGAGUAAAAGGCAAGAAAAAGAAGCAUUAAUUGAGGAGCUGGAAGCAAAACUUGGGGAAGAAGAAAAAAAUUCAUUUCAGCUUCAGGAAAAAUUAUCAGAUGCUGCUAAAUCAGUUGAAGAAUUGCAAGAACAGAUUUCACUGAAGGACCAGGAGAUAAGUAAUGUGAGAGCUGAGCUUGCCACCUACAAGCAGAAGGAAAGACAAUGUUCUGAAGAAAUCAAACAGCUGAUGGGGACAGUGGAAGAGCUGCAGAAAAGGUGUUAUAAAGACAGCCAGGCUGAAGCUGACAUCGUGCAAAGAAUGGAGCUGGAAACACAAAGGAGACUGGCACAGCUUCAGGCUGAACUGGAUGAAGUGCAUGGCCAGCAGAUUGUGCAAAUGAAGCAAGAAUUAAUUAAGCAACAUGCCCUGGAAAUCGAGCGGCGUCUCUCGCAGCAAAAAGCUGCACUGGAGACAGCUUCCAGUCUGUGUUUGAAUGAAAGUGUCAAUAAAGAUCAGAUGCAUUCCAUGAGCAUCAAAAUUGCUGAACUGAGUGCGAAAUUGCAAGGUGCUGAUAACGAAAGGGAACAAAUAAAGCAAGAACUGGCACAGCAGAUGGAAGCCAUUUCAUCAGAGAAGUCUCUUCAGCAAACCAGGAUCGAAGAGCUUUUGCGAGAACUGGAAUUUUCACGAGAGCAGGUUCAAAGAGCCAAGCAAACCAUAGUGGAUAUGGAAUGUAGAUUAAAUGAAGCUGAGAAAUUCCAGUUGGUGAUUGAGGAUUUGAAAACUCAGCUGGCCAGUGCCUCUGAAGGUAAGAAGGAAUUGGAACUAAAACACGAGGCAGAAGUCACAAAUUACAAAAUAAAACUGGAAAUGCUAGAAAGGGAGAAGGAUGCCGUGUUGGACAGGAUGGCAGAAUCUCAAGAAGCAGAGUUAGAGAGACUGAGAACAAAGCUUCUCUUUAGUCAUGAAGAGGAACUUUCCAGACUUAAAGAUGACUUGCAAAAAGAGCACAUGGUGAGCAUGGAAAGCCUUAAGGAGAACUUGAGUAUGCACCAUAAACAGCAGUUAGAUGAGGUGCAAAAUGAAAUGAGCCAAAAGAUAGAAGCCAUGCGAAACGAAAGGGACAAUUUGAUCACAAAGCAAAAUCAGCUGAUACUGGAGAUUUCCAGCCUCCAAGAGUCACAGCAGUCUAUUGUAAAUUCCAAAUCUGAAGAAAUGACACUUCAAAUCCAUGAGCUGCAGAAGGAGCUCGAAGUGCUUAGACAAGAGGAAAAAGAAAAAGGUACUCUGGAACAGGAGAUUCAAGAGCUGCAGCUUAAAACUGAGUCGAUGCAGGAACAAAUGAAGGAGAGGGAAGACAGCCUUCAGAGAAAGUGUUCAGAACUUGAAACGCUGAAUAACCUUCUGAAGGGGGAAAACACAGCUCUGGAAGAGAAAUUGAAAAGUGUGUUGGUGAGCUCUGAAGAAAACAUAAUUUUGAACAGCAGGGUUAGCUCUGAAACAGAGAGCCUGGCCUUGCAAAAAAGGAUAGAAAAGCUGUUGGCUGAAAAUGAGCAACUUAAGAAGCAAAAUAGUCAGCUCCAGGAGGACACUGAAAGGCAGAGGAGUGCCUUUAUUUGUACUGAGAGAAAACUUGAAACUAAUUAUCAGGAGCUGCAGAAAGAAUGUGCAAGGCUCCUGAAGGCAAAGUCAGAGUUAGAAGAGGACAAGAAUAAGCAGGAGGCUGAAUAUAAAAGCAAACUUGAAGCUUUGAAUGAAAAGCUUCACCACUUACAAAGCAGCAGACCAGUUUUAUUUAAAACUAAAGCUUUUGAUUCUGAAGGAAGUAAAGAAAUCAAGGUGCCCAGGGCAGGCACAUUUGAGGCUGGAGAAGUUAUUGAGAAAGAUGCAACAGAACUGAUGGAGAAGCUUGAGGCUACCCAGCGUGAGAAACUGAAAUUAUCCCUGAGACUUUCCGAUCUCUCUGAGCAGCUGAAGUCAAAGCACAGUGAAAUUGGUCAUUUAAAUGAAAAAGUGAAAUCCUUACAAGAUGAGAAAGAAGAAGUUCUAGCAAAAUGUAAAGAACUUGAAGUCAUAGUUAGCCAUGCUCAGAGGGGAAAUAGGAGUGGAACUAAACCCAGGACAAAAUCCUCUAAAGGAAAACCUCUGAAGACUGCUCCUCCAGCCUCUGAGAACAGAAAUAAAACCCUCAGGCCAAGCAAUGGCGUUGAUGAAGGAAUAGAUGGAAGAGGAAAUCUAAGUUCAGGCAAAGAUACCAGUCAUGAGGUAACAAAAAGGAAGGAGGUUCAGCAGAUGCAGCAAUCUCUUGUAGAACAUUUGCAUGGCAUGGCAGACAGGCUGGCAGAUGAAACAUCAAGAGCCAUUACGCAGCAUGAAGAUCAUCAUCUUCAGCAGCAAGUGGACGCAUUGAAAUCAGAACAGACUGACCUGCAGCUGCAGAUGGAAGCGCAGCGCAUUUGCCUGUCUCUGGUGCAUUCAGCUCACAUAGAGCAGGUUCGUGAGGACCUGAAGGCAGAAAAGGAGAGUGCCCUUUGCAGCCUGAAAGAGGAGCUUGUACGGAGCCACCUGCAAGAGAUGAACGACCUGCAAAACAUGCAUCAGCUGGAGCUCCAGAGCUUGAAAACUCGGAAAGCAGAUGAUGAAGUCAAGUCUACACAAAGACUUAUAGAAAAGCUGAAUGAAGCUGUCACUGAGGAAUGUUCUAGGCUUGCUCAGGUUUUAUGUGACAAUCAGAAUGAACACUCUUCUGUUGCUGUAGAAGCUGGCGACAGGGAACAGGGUGUUCUCCACAGACCUGCUGCUCUGGAAGAAAAGCUGGGCAUAGAAUUACAGAUAGACAGAGGCCAAGCUCAAGCAGGGCAACAACACAUGGGUGCGCUUCUCCACAAGAUUAUGGAAGAGUACAGCAGACUAAAAGCACUUCAGACACAGCUGGUGAAGGACUGUAAACAGAUCAAAGGACCAUGUCUGUCUUCUUCAGAAAGAAGGAAAGAGGAGGAACCUCUCCAUCUGGAAACCAGACCCCCUUCACAGGGUCCAAUGGACCCUAAGAUUCAAGAAUACUGCUCGAAGGAGAUAGGGAACCUUAAAACACAACUUGAGGAACAACAUGCUCAAGACCUAGAACACCUCCGGUCCUAUUUCCAGCAGCAGCUGAAAGAAGUUGAAGCGAGGUACACUACAGAGAUUGUCCAUCUGCAGACUAAGCUUCAGGGUGCUGGGAGAUCCUCUGAACACCACCACAGAGUAUCCACGGAUUCAGAAAUAAAGCUGAAAGAAGUCCUCAGGAAAGUGAAGCGCCCUGAAAAACUUCAGCAAAGACCAGAGGACGCACUGGAGCUUGGUGGCGAAAUGGAAAUGCAGAAGGAUCUGGAUGUUGUUCAGCUGCUGGAAAAACAAUACCAAGAAAGAUUAGAAGAAGAAAUAGCAAAGGUGAUUGUGUCCAUGAGCGUAGCAUUUGCCAAGCAGACUGAAAUGUCAAGAAUUGCUGGGCAGAAGGAAGAAGCAGCACAAACAGAGACUGGACAUCAGCAAGGAAUGUGUGUUGAAACUAGCAAGCAGUGUAGCAAUGAAGAGCUUGAGAGCCCUCUGAGAACAUCAACAGGAAAAGGCAAUGAGCAAGAAGAGCUAAAAUCACUCUGCAAGGAACUCAGUGAAGAGUCUGGUGAGAUCAGCUCACUUGGAGACCAGCCUCACUCUAACAGCAAGCCUGAUUUGGUGUUGGGACAGGCCUCAAGUGAAUCAGUGGUUUCUGAAGACCUUCUUUCCCUUGUCAAAGGGCUUCCAGUGGAAGAGACACUGCACUGUGAGGCUCCUGCACCAGACACAGAAGCAUCAAGUCAGCUGUUGUUGUAUGAGGAGCGUUUGGAGGACAUGAGACAGGAGCUGGUACGGCAGUAUCAGGAACAUCAGCAGGCAACAGAGUUGCUGAGACAAGGACACAUGCAGCAAAUGGAAAGGCAGAAAGAAAAUCAAGAGCAACUCCUGGCAGAGCUGGAAAAUCUUAAAGUGCAAUUAGCUGAGCGUGUCUCAAUGGAGAAUGACAGCCUGGUUGCAGAGAGAGAGAGAAUGCUUUUGGAAGAACUGGAAUCAUUGAAGCAACAUCCUGCACCUGGAAGAGAGAGGCUGCUGUGUGAGCUACGGAACAACAGCACGCAAACAGAGAAUGAAAACGAAAGGCAGAGCGACGUGAGAGAGCAGAUCUUUGAGCAGGAAGAUGGAGGAAGGAAGCCUGAGGAGACACCUUCAGCUCUUCUUUCUAAAGAAAGGCAUGUUUUUCAGAAGGCUAAUGAGAAACUCAUGAAGAUACUUCUAGAAGUUGUGAAGACAACUGUGGCCAUGGAGGAGACAAUUGGUCGACACGUUCUUGGCUUGCUGGAUCGGUCUGGGAAGGUCCAGCCUGCCAAACCAGUUGGAUGGGACACAGAGGCAGAGGAGUCAGUGACGCCCUGCAUUCGUGUGGGCUACGAGAAAGAGCCCUCUUCCUCAUACCGUGGUAGUAGUAUGGAAGAUGAUGAUAUCAACAUGUGGUCAGGAGCAAUGGAUGAAGGACUGCUGAGCCAACAUUUUGCAGAAAGUGGAAUGGAAAUAGAUCCUGAAAAGGAAGAACUGCUUCUGAGCAUUAGUUCUCGACUACAAGCAGCUGUUGAAAAGCUUCUGGAAGCUAUCAAUGAAACUUCAAAUCAGCUUGAACAUGCUAAAAUUGCUCAGACAGAACUCAUGAGAGAGUCCUUCAAAAAGCAACAAGAGGCCACAGAAUUUCUCAAGUAUCAGGAAGAGCUACAAGAACGUCUGAAUGAAGAAACCAGAGCCAGAGAGCAGUUGGCCUUGGAGCUUAGUAAAGCUGAAGGCCUCAUUGAUGGUUAUGCAGAUGAGAAAACAUUUCUGGAAAAACAACUCCAGGAAAAAAUGGAUAUAAUUGACCAUCUUGAGCAAAAACUGCUGUGUACAGGUAACAAAUUGCAGGAGUUAGAGGCUGAACAGCAGCAGGUCCAGGAGGAAAAGGAGUUGCUCUCCAGACAGAAGGAUGCCAUGAGAGCAGGCGUGGGGCCAGUGGAGCAGCAAUUGCUGGAGGAAACAGAAAAGCUAAUGAAAGAAAAAAUUGAAGUCCAGCGUCAAGCCGAGAAGGAGUACGAUGACCUCCAGCAGCAGGUCAGAGUCUUGGAGGUAGACUUGGAAGAGCAAGUCAGUCGCUUCAUAGAGCUGGAGCAAGAAAAGAAUGCUGAGCUAAUGGACUUGAGGCAGCAAAACCAGGCUUUGGAGAAGCAACUUGAGAAAACAAGAAAAUUUCUGGAUGAGCAAGCCAUUGACCGAGAGCACGAGAGAGACGUAUUCCAGCAGGAGAUCCAGAAGCUGGAACAGCAGCUAAGGGUUCCCCAGAGGAGUCAGCCUGUCAGUGAGCAUCAGAACAGAGAGGUUGAACAGUUAACAAAUCACCUAAAAGAAAAAACAGACAAAUGCAGUGAGCUUUUGCUCUCCAAGGAGCAACUUCAGAGAGACAUACAAGAGCGAAACGAAGAAAUUGAGAAACUAGAGUGCAGGGUAAGAGAGCUGGAACAAGCCUUAAUCAUCAGUGCAGACAACUUGCAAAAGGUGGAGGAAAGGAAGCAGUUUGGCACCGUCAUAGUAAAGGGAGAAUUGCAUCUUGAAGCACAACUGCAAGCUGAACGAGAAGCUGUGGACAGAAAGGAGAAGGAGGUCACAAACCUUGAGGAGCAACUGGAGCAGUUCCGAGAGGAGCUGGAAAAUAAAAAUGAGGAAGUUCAGCAGCUGCACAUGCAACUGGAAAUUCAGAGGAAGGAGUCCACUACACACUUGCAAGAACUGGAACAAGAGAACAAAUUAUUUAAGGAUGAAAUGGAAAUCCUGGGACUAGCAAUACAGAAAUCUGAAGAUGCCACCACACUGGACCAUCAUUCAGUAGUUGGGAGGCUGGCUCACAUCAUGCAAGAAAAGGAGCAGGAAAUAGAACAUCUUCAUGAGCAGAUUGCAAGCCUGCAACAGCAGCUUGAAGGCACAACUGAUAACAAAGUUAUUGAAGAGCAAAAUGAGCAUAUAAGGGAGCUUGAAGCCCAGGUAGAAUAUCUGAAAAGUGAUCAAGAACGUGUGAAGAGAAAAAAUGAUGAGGAAAUAGAGCAGUUGAAUGAUGUCAUUGAUAAGCUUCAGCAGGAUCUGGCAAAUAUUGAACAAAAAGUGCCUGCAGACAUUGCUGCUCUUCAAGAAGAUGCUGACAGUCUGAAACAUACUCUUGAAACAGUUGUGGCAGAAAAGGAGGCUUUGGAGAGGCAAGUAGAAAGCGUAAAUGUAGAAGCAUCUCGGACAAAGAGUAAGCUUGAGGAAGCUAAGUUAAAAAUGACCCAGCUAGAGCAAGAAAUAAGUGUGUUGAAAAAAGAGAAAUGCAAGUGUGAGCUGAUGAGAAGUGAUAGGGGAGAACCAGGAGACAGAAGCAAGGGGAGAGCUGGGAAAGUGGAAGAAGGUUUGUGUGAGAAAUCAGAGUUGCUAGAUCAAUCGCAGCUUCAGCCUUCAGAUGAGAACGCAAGAGCCACCACCAGCAAGAUGGAGCUGCAACUGGAGCACCUUCAGGGAUGCAUUAAGGAAAGAGAUUCAGAACUAGUCCAGUCCUACAAUAAAAUAAAAGCCUUGGAGGAGGAAAGGCAAGCAGAAAGAGAAACACUUGAAAAGAGGAUAUUAGAACUGGAAAAGACUCUGCUGGAAAAAGUUGCUGCUGCUCUUGUGAGUCAGGUUCAGCUAAAUGCAGUUCAAGAGCAGAGGAAAUUCAUGCAGGAAAUUCAGGAAGCUCCAGGCUGCGUGGAGGACCCCAGGGAGGAUGCCCAAAGAGGCAGUUUGAGUGAUGGAGCCCAAAGUGAAACUGAAUCAAAAUUAUCACUCUUAACCCAGAGGCUUGGUGAGAUGGAGGACCAGCUGGCACUGGUGAACCAUCACUUGGAGUUAGAAAGAGAGAAUGCCAGAGGUGCAGAGAAGGAAGCUAAAGCGAAGGAAGAGAGACUCUUUGAGCUUCAGCAGCUACUGCAGGGGCUUCAAGAAAAGCACAGUGGAGAGGCUCAGGAACACAUGGAGCAAGAAGAAAUGCAGCCACACCAGGUAGGAGCACAUCUUGUGGAAAAUCAGAAAGAAAAUGAACUUGAACUACAGCAAAUGAAAGAAGAGGCAGCUGCUGCUAAGGAAGAGCUGAGCAGUUACAGAGAAAAGGCAGAAAAACUUCAGCAAGAACUAGCAGUAAAAGAAGCAAGUCUGAUACAUCUUCAGGAAGACCUGUGCAAAGUCAAAGAGAGCCUAGUUGAAGCAGAAGAGAAAUUUGCAAGUUAUAUGAGAAAGGACAAGGAGCUGGCAAAAACUGAAAGCAAAAAGGAUGCAGAAAUAAUGUGUGAUUUGUCAACAGGUGAGUCUGCCCUAAGUAGGAAAAGCUCAUCAUCACAAACAGACCAGCCUGUGGAAACCAACAGCUGUGUCCAGACUUCACCAGUCCUUGUGAGAAAUGCAGAGAUGCAGAUUGAUUUGCCAAAUGGCUGCUCUUCAGAGGAGGUUGCAGAGAUUGUGAGAGAAUUUACUGAAAAAAUCGACCAAAUGCAAGAGCUCCACGCCGCUGAAAUCCUGGACAUGGAGACAAGGCAUAUCGCGGAGGCUGAAGCAUUAAAGAGAGAGAAGUUUGUCGCAGUGCAAGUGUUGACUGAGGAGUGUAAAACUUUAAAGGAAGUCAUAGAAACUCUACAAGCUAAAGAGGGCAUCCCAGUGUCUGGGUCAGCACAUUCUCCACCAUAUCAAGCUAGAGAUGGAGGUUCUAGCGACUCCAGCUCAGACUGGAGUCAAGGAAUGUACCUUACUCAGACCCAGGGAUCUGACACUGUAUCUGAAGGAAUGGAUGAAGGUGAAGCUUCAACAGAUUUACUUCCAAAAAAAAUCAAGGGCCUACUGAAAGCAGUCCAUCAUGAAGGCAUACAGGUGCUGUCUCUCACUGAAUUUCCAUAUAGUGACAGGGAGGUGCCACCUCUUAAGCAAGAACCAGCAUCUUGGCUUGAGGAGAGAAAAGCUUUUCUAAGCACCAUUUCAUCCCUGAAAGACCUCAUUGCAAGAAUGCAACUUCCUGGAGAAGCUGAGGUUUAUGCAAGUACAGAAUCCCCUGAAGGUGGCUCAGACUGGCGAGGAGAACUUCUGCGUGCUGUUCAGCAGCUCUUUGUGAGAGAACAAAAUGUGCUUCUGGCUGCCUUUCAGACUGAGCUUGCAGGGCUGGGCACAAGAGAUGCAGGGAUGUUGAUGAAUCAGCUGGAGCACAGACUACAUGAUCAGGCUAGUGAGCAGAGAGCAGCCAUGGAUUGUCUUCAGAAUGCAGACAGAAGAAGUUUGCUGAUGGAGAUUCAAGUGUUACAUGCUCAGAUGAACAGUAAGAAGAACAAUCCAAAGAGAGAACAAGAGAUGGAUUCAAAAAGCCAAGAAAUGCUGGAGUACAACAUGCAGCAGAAGCAGUCACAGAUACUGGAGAUGCAAGUGGAGCUCCGCAGUAUGAAGGACAGAGCAGCUGAGCUUCAGGAACAGCUGAAUUCAGAGAGAAUGAUGGGUACUGAGCUGAAGAAUGAACUUGCACAAGCCAAACUAGAGCUUGAGGCAACCCUUAAGGCACAGCACAAGCACUUCAAGGACCUAGAAACCAUCAGGACUGAAGUUAAAGAAAAAGCAGCUGAGCUAGAUGUUCUCAAGGAUACAAUGGCCAGUGAACAGAAAAAAUCCAGAGAGCUACAGUGGGCUCUGGAAAAGGAAAAAGCUAAAAUGGAACGCAGUGAGGAAAGAGGAAGAGAAGAGCUUGAGGAUUUAAAAUUUUCCCUGGAAGAUCAAAAGCAAAAGAACUUAGAGCUAACUCAGCUUUUGGAGCAGGAGAAGCAGCUGUCAACUGACCUGCAGCAGAAGCUUGACUCCCAAGAAGCAGCGAGUGCUGCCCAGCUGUCACAAGAGCGAGGCCGCAGUUCCGAGCUGCAGGUGCUCCUGGAGUCGGAGAGGGUUCGAGCUCUGGAAAUCAGCAGUGCCCUGGAGAGGGAAAGAGAGCUGUGUGCUCAGCUUCAAAGUGCUGAGGAGAAAGGGCAAGCUGGAACACCUACUCCAUCUGAGGAGUUACUGAAAGAGCUACAGAAACAAAUGGAUGAAAAGCAUGACCGUGUAGUGGAGUUAGUGAGUGAGAUGGAGAAGUAUAAACUGGAAUCUGUGCAAGUGAGACAGCAAAUGGAGAAAGAAAGGCAGCUCCACAGGAAGGCACUACAAGAAGAACAAGAUGCUAACAUAAUAGCACAGAAGAAACUCCAUGACCUGGAGUCCAAAGUAGAAGACCUUCAGUGGCAACUUGGAGAAAAGAAGCAAGAAGUCCAUAAAUUAGGGAACGAAACCAAGAGGUUGCAGGAAAUAAUCCAAGAGCUGCAGAAAAAAGAGGAGGAGAGUGAAGGAAGAAGAAAGGAAGCAGAAAGGACAGCAAAUGAGACUACCUGGGAUACACCCAAUGACAGAACGAGGAAAUGGGUUCUCCAGCAGAAAACAGAAGGAGGUGAGGUGAAGGAAUCCACCUACCCCAUGCUGACAGGAAGAGGAGAGCUCUCUGCUGCUACUGAGAUUCUGGAACACAUCCAACGAAAGCUGCAAACCACAGCUCCAAAGCUGAAGCAGUUGGCUCGGAAAGCUGCCAGCAGGUUCCAGUUUGAAACAGCAGAUGACCAGGACUUCACUUCAGUACAAAAUGCUAUUGAAGAGGCUGUUUCAGAGCUGCAGAAGCUGCCUGGAUUGUCCUGCCUGGAAGAGCUGAAGCAUGUGCUACCACCAGGGACUCCAUCCAGCUCACUGACUGAGAGGCUGCUGAGGCAGAAUGCUGAGCUGACAGGCUUUGUCAGCAGGCUGAGUGAAGAGAAGAACAACUUAAGGAAUGCUGUCAUGAAACUGGAGGAAGAACUGAGAAGACACCAGCAGAGACAAGCUUCUGGAGACUAUCCUUCUAGACCCUCCUCGGAUGUUGGAGUUAACAUUGACGCUCUUGUGGCCUCUGAGAAGGAAAUGUGGAACAGAGAAAAGCUGUCCCUGCAGAAGUCUUUGAAACAAGCUGAUGCAGAGAUCUCCAAGCUGAGAGCAGAGCUCAGGAGCGAAGCUUUCCUCAGAGAGCUGGGCUCAGACUCUGACAAUGCUGUUUUAAGGAGAAUUUAUGGCAAAUACCUUCGGGCAGAGAGCUUUCGGAAGGCUCUCAUCUACCAGAAGAAAUAUUUGCUGCUGCUGCUGGGUGGCUUCCAGGAGUGUGAAGAGGCUACGCUGGCCCUCAUCGCACGCAUGGGUGGACAGCCUUCCUAUACAGAGCUCCAGAUCCUCACCCAGCACUCGAAGGGCUUCACAAGAUUUCGCUCUGCAGUCAGAGUAUCCAUUGCAAUCUCAAGAAUGAAGUUCCUGGUUCGUCGCUGGCACAGGGUUACAGGUUCUGGUGUGCUGAGUAUCAACAGGGAUGCCUUCAGCCACAGCACAGGUAAUGAGUUACGUCCUGAGUCCUUCCCUGGUGGCGUGGAUCUUUAUGGAGAGCAGCGGCAGUCCUACAGACCCAGGUUCCACAGUAUGCAGACUGACCUGACCCCAGUCUCCUUCGCCUGCUCUCAGCUGCAGAACUACGACCCUGAGCGAGCUCUGAGUGACUACAUCCACCGGCUGGAGGCGCUGCAGCGGCGGCUGGGCAGUGUGCAGUCAGGUUCAACUUCAUACACUCAGCUGCACAUGGGUAUCAGAAGAUAACUGCCUCCCACCACCCCCAUCCCUGGCAGUGAUGUUCACAAUUUGCCUUCAGCCUCUGCUCUUUCUGUGCUUUUGUACAACCCGGACAGCGUGGGACCAAGAGGAACGCAGCCAGAGGAUUGUACCCAGCUCCGGCAGGCAGCCUGGGACUUUGUGUAGAUAGGCACUUUGUGUUCAUGAAGAAAACAAAACCAACCCCCCUCCCUCCCCCCGAGAGCCCCUGUGAUUGCCUGUAUAUUUGUGGAAUGCUAAUUUAAAUGAGUAACUUAUGAAGUAUUUAUCGAGAGGGUGGGGCGAUGGACGCGGUGUUCGUGAAUCAAGCUACGAUCAGCAAACUUUACUUGCACUUUUUUUCCUGGCAAGGCUACUGAAGUUCCAUGACUCUCAUUACUAUUUGCUACUGGCAGUGCAGACAGAAUAUCACUUGUAGAGACCUAUUUUUGUAACAGUAGAAGUUUUGGAUUUUAUGGGUAUUUUGUCAAAAGUACUGCAAUAAAGAUGACUUCAUGCUUUUA